AUGCUGCGAUCCGCCCUCAGUCCCUCAGCACGUUGCGUCCUGCGCGGCGGCCUCGCCUCCCGCCGCGCUCUCCACACCUCCUCAGCCGCUCUCAACACAGAGCGCGCUCCGCCGGGCGCUCUAAACAAGUACUCGCGUAUCAUCACCCGGCCCAAGGAUCAGGGAGCAUCGCAAGCCAUGCUCUACGCCACCGACGGCAUCCAGUCGGACGAGGACCUCACGCGUGCUAUGGUUGGUAUCGGCUCGAUUUGGUACGAGGGCAACCCAUGCAACGCGCACCUGCUCGCCAUCUCGCAGCGCGUCAAAAAGUCGGUGCAGCAAGCCGGUCUCACCGGUUAUCAGUUUGGAUCUGUCGGUGUUUCGGAUGGUAUCUCGAUGGGUACAGACGCCAUGUCGUACUCGCUCCCGUCGCGUGAUCUGAUCGCUGACUCGGUGGAAUCGGCUUGCGGUGGUCAUUGGCUUGAUGGCUGUGUGGUGAUUCCCGGUUGCGACAAGAACAUGCCUGGUGUGCUGAUGGCUCUCGGCCGUCUGAAUCGUCCCGGAAUCAUGCUCUACGGCGGAACGAUCCGUCCCGGUGGAUGUGCUAGCGUCGAGGGCACGCUCGACAUUGUCUCUGCUUUCCAGUCGUACGGCCAGUACCUCGCCAACGGAGGCUCUCCGGCUGCUGAAAAGAUUCGCUAUGACACCGUCCGCAACGCCUGUCCCGGUCCCGGUGCGUGCGGUGGCAUGUACACCGCCAACACCAUGGCUUCAUGCGCCGAGGCUCUCGGCAUGACGCUCCCAGGUAGCUCGUCGUUCCCGGCAGAAUACCCUGAAAAGAUCGCCGAAGCCGAAAAUAUGGGAGCCGCCAUGCGCCUCGUCCUCGAAAAGGACAUCAAGCCGCGCGACAUCAUGACGCGAUCCGCCUUCGAAGAUGCGAUCGCUCUCACCAUGGUUCUCGGAGGCAGCACGAAUGCAGUCUUACAUCUGAUUGCUGUCGCUCACUCGGUCGGCAUCGAGCUCAGCAUUGACGACUUCCAGCGCAUCGCCGACGUGACUCCAUUCCUUGCCGACCUCAAGCCGUCGGGCAAGUACGUGAUGGAAGAUGUUCACUCGAAACUCGGCGGUAUCCCGACGAUUAUUCAGUACUGCAUCGAGAACAAGCUGAUGAAGGGUGAACACAUGACCGUCACCGGUCGAACGCUUGCCGAGAACGUCGACCGAUGGACGCACGAGCGCGGCAAACUGCCUGCAGGCCAAGACGUGCUCCGACCGAUCGACAAGCCUCUCAAGAGCACCGGCCACAUUCGAAUCCUCAAGGGCAAUCUUGCGCCUGGUGGCGCCGUCGCCAAGAUCACUGGAAAAGAGGGUCUGCGAUUCACAGGUAAAGCGCGCGUCUUUGACACCGAAGAUGCCAUGGUUGGCGCCGUUGAAAAGGGCGAGAUCAAGAAGGGUGAAAAGACAGUGAUCGUGUUGCGCUACAAGGGUCCUAAGGGUGGACCUGGUAUGCCCGAGAUGCUCAAACCUACCAGUUUGAUCAUGGGCGCUGGUCUUGGGCAGGAUGUAGCCUGUUUGACCGACGGUCGGUUCUCCGGUGGAAGUCACGGUUUCGUCAUCGGUCACGUCGUUCCCGAGGCACAGGUCGGAGGUCCGAUCGGCCUCGUAAAGGAUGGUGAUGUGAUCAGCAUCGAUGCCGAGACCAACACGUUGGAGCUUGUCGGUGUAUCCGCUGCCGAUCUCGAGUCCCGAAGAGAGUCGUGGAAGCCUCUACCGCUCAAACCGAAAUCGGGCCACCUGCUCAAGUUCGUUCGUAACGUUGCCGAUGCUUCGCAUGGUUGCAUCACCGAUAUGUGA